AUGGUAAUCAUUCAGUUUUUCAAUUAAGUACAUUUAAUCCCACAAAACUCAAAACUUCAAAUUACACUCAAGAUUCUAGAGCAUCUCUCUUGUUUCUUUGAAAUCCAAAUCCCUGGUUUGCACAAGAAGGGAAAAUUGGAUUGCAACAAAAAAACUGAGAGUUCGAAGAAGGAUGCUGAGACAAUGGAUAUCUGGGAAAAGAUUCUUACAAGCGGUUGGGGAAAAGAAUUUGUGGCCGGAGGAUUUGGAGGAACAUCUGGAGUCGUGGCUGGUUAUCCUCUUGAUACUCUCAGAAUCCUUCAGCAGCAGCAGCACACUGGCAAGGGUUCUGCCAUUAGCAUUCUACGGCGAGUUCUAGCCAACGAGGGACCCUUUGCCCUCUACAAGGGAAUGGCUGCUCCCUUGGCCUCUGUCGCUUUCCAGAAUGCCAUAGUUUUCAAGACAUACGCUACACUAUCACGAGCAGUUGACACGAAUGUUCAGGCUGGUGACCCUCCAUCAUACACAGGGGUUACUCUAGGAGGAAUUGGAGCCGGGGUAAUACAAAGUGUAAUUAUCAGUCCCAUUGAGCUAGUGAAAAUCCGUCUUCAGCUGCAUAGUAAUAAUGCACAUGAUAAAACUAAACAAUCAGGCAAUUACAAGGGUCCAGCAGGUAUUGCUAGAAGCAUAAUUAGAACAGAAGGUUGGAGAGGAAUUUACCGAGGUUUCACCAUCACUGUGCUAAGGGAUGGACCAUCCCAUGGUGUCUACUUCUGGACGUAUGAGUAUAUGAGAGAGAAACUUCACCAAGGAUGCAGGAAAACCGGCCAGGAGAGUUUCAGAACAAUGCUCACUGCAGGAGGUCUUGCCGGCGUAGCUAGCUGGAUUUGUUGCUAUCCUUUAGAUGUAAUUAAAACCAGAAUUCAGGCUCAAUCAAAUUCCUCCCAAGGAAAAUCCAUGGGCAUUGGUGAAUGCUUCAAGAGGAGCAUAAAAGACUCUAGCAUUCUCUGGCGAGGUUUGGGAACUACAGUUGCCAGAGCCUUCAUUGUGAAUGGGGUGACCUUUACUGCGUAUGAAACAGCACUGAGGUGCCUAGUUAACGACAAUAGCUCAUGAAGCAAUACAGAGUACCCUGGUACUUGAAGUAAACCAUCUUGGCAUUAAGAAUUGACCAUCUAUGGAAAUUUAUUGAAGCAAACAAUUCAUUGGAGAAAUAUGAAAUUUCAUUGACAACCAAGAAGAAAUCAAGCCAUAGAGGAGCACUAGGAGGCAAGUGAGGGAAAUUUCUCCACACUAAUGAAAAUGUUUUUCAAGCUAAAGACUGAAGCAAUUUAUAAUCCAAAUACACGAACUGUGUACAUUUUAUCAGAGAAGUUUUAAGUUUGCAGCUACCA